AAUAGAGCCAAGAUGGCCGGCGAAGGAGGGCAGUUUCUUUGCCCGUGAUCAGUGCGAGCAGGCGCCGUGCCCGGGCAGACACAGACGCAGGCACCGACACGGGCAGGCCUGUCAGUUCCCCCAACUCGCGGAGCAAACGGUGCAACUCCGGAGCCGAGUAGCGGGGGAAGUCGGAUCGCCAUCCUAAUGGAGCUGCGAAACUGCAGAUAGACAAGCAAAAAAACCAUAAUCCCACCAUCUACCGAGCAGUGUGUUCAUCUGGAGAAGACUGACCUCUUGAAGACUUUGGCUGCAAAUUUAAGGAACUGCUGCUUCUUCAGUUGAAAGGUGCAAGUUGUAGUAUGUUUACGCUGGAAUAGUCGGAGCUCUGCUGAAAUGGGGCCAUUCACCCUGUCUUGUGAAGCGGAACGGCGCCCUACUGUUGGAGUGGCCCGUGUAGGAUUGGCCAUGGGUGAUGCAGAAGUGGAGCCCUCUCCUGCCCAGGUGGAGGAACUGCAGCGGAGCCCUUCUGUUUCCUCCACGUCCAGCACCUCAUCUCCAUCCUCUCCCUCCACUGGCCGCCACCAGCAGUCUCUCAGCCCCGGCAGCAGCGACAGCACUCGGGGUGUUAGCCCGCCUCUGGAUGUCAUCUCAGAGGGUGUGGGGGAGCUCACCUUGGUCAUCGACCCAGAGGUGGCCAAGAAAGCUUGCCAGGAGGUCCUGCAGAAGGUGAAAUUGCUCAAAGGCAACGCAGAUGGCCUGGUCAAUGGGGGCACCCAUGUGGACCCUCCCAAGAUUAGAGAGGAAGAGGAGGACCCCCUCCCUGGCACAGUGAAGAGCGCCCGGCGGCGGCAGAAGUACAACUCUUCGAAGCAGUCAUGGCUUCUGCGGCUCUUCGAAUCCAAGCUUUUUGAUGUCUCCAUGGCCAUCUCCUACCUGUACAACUCCAAAGAGCCUGGUGUACAGGCCUACAUAGGCAACCGUCUCUUCAGCUUCCCCAAUGAAGAUGUGGACUUCUACCUGCCGCAGCUACUCAACAUGUACAUUCACAUGGACGAGGACGUCGGAGAUGCCAUCAAACCUUACGUGGUGCACCGCUGUCGGCAGAGCAUCAACUUCUCGCUUCAGUGCGCCUGGCUUUUGGGCGCCUACUCUUCUGACAUGCACAUUUCAACGCAGCGUCACUCUCGGGGCACCAAACUCCGCAAAGUUAUCCUCUCUGAUGAGCUCAAGCCCUCCAGCCAACGUGGCAGGAGAGAGCUGGCACCGCCUUCAUGCCCGCCCCCCAUCCUCAGCCAUGUCCACCCCGAGCAUGGGCUCUCACCUUCCAAGCGCACACACCAGCGCUCCAAGUCUGAUGCUACCGUCAGCAUCAGCCUCAGCAGUAACCUGAAGAGGACAGCCAGCAACCCCAAGGUGGAGAAUAGCCAGGAUGAGGAUCUGACCUCCAGCACUGGCAGCCUUGACUUAGAGACUGGUACACCAGCACGCCUGACCCCCCAGCGAGAGUUCAUCAAGUCCCUGAUGGGCAUCGGCAAGCGGCUGGCCACGCUGCCCACCAAGGAGCAGAAGACCCAGCGUCUCAUCUCGGAGCUGUCGCUGCUCAACCACAAGCUGCCGGCCCGCGUGUGGCUGCCCACAGCGGCGUUCGACCACCACGUGGUCCGCGUGCCCCACACGCAGGCCGUGGUGCUCAACUCCAAAGACAAAGCACCGUACCUCAUUUACGUGGAGGUGCUGGAGUGCGAGAACUUCGAGACGUCCAGUGUGCCGGUGCGGAUACCAGAGACGCGCAUCCGCAGCACGCGCUCGGUGGAGAACCUGCCGGACUGCGGCAUCACGGCCGAGCAGCGCGCUGCCAGCUUCUCCACCGUGCCCAACUACGACAACGACGACGAGGCCUGGUCCGUGGACGACAUCGGCGAGCUGCAGGUGGAGCUCCCAGAGAUCCACACCAACAGCUCUGACAACAUCUCGCAGUUCUCGGUGGACAGUAUCACCAGCCAGGAGAGCAAGGAGCCUGUCUUCAUCGCAGCCGGGGACAUCCGGCGAAGGCUUUCCGAGCAACUGGCCCACACGCCCACGACGUUUAGAAGAGAUCCAGAGGACCCCUCUGCUGUGGCCCUUAAAGAGCCUUGGCAGGAGAAAGUUCGGCGAAUAAGAGAGGGGUCCCCUUAUGGCCACCUCCCCAACUGGCGACUACUCUCUGUCAUCGUCAAGUGUGGGGAUGACCUCCGACAAGAGCUGCUCGCCUUCCAGGUGCUGAGUCAGCUGAAGUCAAUCUGGGAGCAGGAGCGGGUGCCCCUGUGGAUAAAGCCAUACAAGAUCUUGGUCAUCUCCUCGGACAGCGGCAUGAUCGAGCCGGUGGUGAACGCCGUGUCCAUCCACCAGGUGAAGAAGCAGAGCCAGCUGUCGCUGUUGGACUACUUCCUGCAGGAGCAUGGAAACUACACGACCGAGGCCUUCCUCAGCGCGCAGCGCAACUUCGUGCAGAGCUGCGCCGGUUACUGCCUCAUCUGCUACCUUCUGCAGGUGAAGGACAGGCACAACGGCAACAUCCUGCUGGACGCCGAGGGCCACAUCAUCCACAUAGACUUUGGCUUCAUUCUCUCCAGCUCACCCCGUAACUUGGGUUUCGAAACCUCCGCCUUCAAACUCACCAGCGAGUUUGUGGAUGUGAUGGGGGGGCAGGAUGGUGACAUGUUCAACUACUACAAGAUGCUGAUGCUGCAGGGCCUGAUUGCUGCACGGAAGCACAUGGAUAAAGUGGUCCAGAUUGUGGAGAUCAUGCAGCAAGGCUCGCAGCUGCCCUGCUUUCAUGGCUCGAGCACCAUCCGGAACCUAAAGGAGCGUUUUCACAUGAACCUGACUGAGGAGCAGCUGCAGGUGCUGGUGGAGCAGAUGGUCGAUGGGUCCAUGCGCUCGCUCACCACCAAGCUGUACGACGGCUUCCAGUACCUCACUAACGGCAUCAUGUGAUCCUGCUUGGAGGCACACAAAGGGACUCAUGUGGAAGAACGUUGGCAGACUUGGGGUCCGUCUCUCCUUUCACAUCCUUUCCUGGAAGUAUCCCAUGUAUGAAUUCUCUCCUACUGGAUGGACACUCUUGGGCUAGUUCUUCAAUUUUUUUAUACAGUGACGACUGAGAGUUCGCAUGUCAUUUCCGGUUCCUUCUCUUCCCCCUUCACCUUUUCUGCAUCUCUAUUUAAUUUAGUGCAUCAGUUCUCUUAUCCCUCCUGCCACUUUCUCUUAUUUUGUGACGUUCCUGAAUUCCUACAAGCUGCACUACCUGUGGCUUGGGAUCACUCUUUUCAUCUCACAUUGGUGCACUUUCAUGAUGGUACUCCUAAAGUUUAUUAAAUUCAUGGUAAGUAUGUGCUUACCGUGUGUUGUAAGAUACAUCACUCUUAGGCAUAAAUCAGUUCCUCUGCAGUAGGCGAGACGCGGAAGCAUGAUAACCUGAGCCAUGGUGACGGGAGACGUGCCAGAUCACCAGCCUCACCUUGAUCUUCAGAGGAUCUCUGCAUCUGUGAUUGCUGCAUCCCGACAACCUGUUCUUUAAGCAUCUAUUAGGAAUGAAUAUUUGGUACCUUGUUUAAUUCAAGGAAAGUUGUUACUUCUCCUUGGCGUGUGUUGAGGUUCAAUUUUGAGUGUGAUCCUAUAUCUCAGGGGAUGGAAUGCAGAUACAAAUGCCAUCUUUGAUUAAUGUGAUGCUUAAAAUCUCAGUUUUGUUACAUAAUAUGGCAUUCAGCAGUAAACUGAUUUAAUGAGACUUUUUAUUGUUCUUGGUAAAAAGUCUAGUUUUACUGUGGAUUGUUUUAAAAAUGUGUUUUAGAUAAUAGAGCUUCAAACUAUUAUCCCUAUGGAAUUCUGAAGUGUAGAUAUGUUAGUGGAAAUUGUACAGUACUACAGAUGUGUGAUUUCAGCUACAACCUUGAUUUGUAUGUGUACAGCAGCUCCCUCCUAGGUGGUGAUGCGUUUUUCUGUAAAGUUACAAACCUGCCGUCUACCAGACUCCACCAAAGCAAAUGGGUCUUUCCCUGUUGUACAACAUCGGCCAUGUAGCCAGAGAUCUCUUACUAGCAGGCCUAGUAUAUCCCCACCUGCCGUGGAUCUGAUUACAACUUGUUGCGCAUGUUUAUGAUGCAAUAUGGAAGCAGAGUCCUCAUGCUUACCCACUGUGAUAGACACAGUAGGGGUCCCUCCCGACCCCAAGUUCCCUGGGGUGCAUAGGCGCACUCUGACAUCCUGUAGAAGUGGGGGAGGGACCUGACCAGGUAGUCUUAAGACAUGCAGCACGCCACACAAACGCAGGGCAGAGUGUUCUUCACGAAAUGUCGGGAGGAUCCCAAAAAACGUUGUUUGUGCAGAUGACUGCGAGGAUGAUUUUUUAUUUUUUUUUUAAGUGUCAGUUGACAUGACACCAAGGAUUUUUGAAGGCGAAUCUUUGGACCGAAUGAAAAUUUUGUUCACCGUUUUCCAUUUUAUCGCCUGGACGUCCCAUUGCCCCCUAUGGAGGAAAUAUGAGAUGUGAAAAGGACUGUUUCGAUGCCUAAGCCACUAAAGAAAGACUUUGUGGGUUCAGGGAGUUUAAACAAGAAAAAUGUUCUGUGGUUUUAACCCUUUUCUCUGCACAUAUUCUGAGGUCCACAUACUUGAAACAAAAUUAUCUGGAAUUGAGGUUUACAAAAAGGAGUUUGACUGAGGUGCUUUUUUUCCCCUUAUUUUUUAUUUUACCCCUGCAGCUUUAGGAAAAUUCCAUAUAGGAAAACUGAUUUAGUCGAGGAGUAUGUUAAAGGAUGGAAAAUAGUCGGUGCUAUGAAAGCGCCAGACUGCUUUCUGCCUGCUUCUCCAAACACACCGCUGUUCAUCAUUCUGCUCGUUUUCGCCCCCUGCAGUUCAGUUAUUAUAUUGUAUCUGCGGAUAUCUCAUGUCACCGUUUUUGUUAGGCUUGUGGAAAUAGGAGACACACCUAUUAGUCUCAAUGAAUUAUCUCAAGUUUAAUUUUGUGGACUGUUCUAUCUCCUUUAAUUGUUGUAAUGGACCAUCUCACAUGAUCAUGUGAGUGACCCUUAACUUGUGAAUGUUUCUUUGUACAAUAAAAGACAUUUUCUCGUC